AUGCGGCUGCUACUUGUCUUGUCCAUCUCCGUCCUGUUGGGCUUUGUGUCGGCCGGCACGGGGCCCAAGAAGGACCCCAAUGAAAAAUUCAACGAUCGCAAAAAGGCCGAGGCCGAGUUUGAGGAGAACCGCAAGGUCUUUACUUGGGCCGUCAGAGAAAUGACAAAAACAAAGUCCUGGGCGGUGGGCUUGAAAUGCCACGAGUGCCUGCGAUUUUUAAAGUAUAUGCAAGGCUUCGCCGCCACAAACGACGAGUUUAUCCAAAAAGGAAAAGACAUGUGCUCCAUGAUCCACAGGGCUCACGUCAAUGUCAAAGUCGAAGACUUGUGCGUAGAGACGGUUGAACACUAUGGACCAGUCAUGGCGCAGGUCCUGAGAAACAUGAACCCGGUGGGCGAAUCUGAAGGUGCGCAACUGUUUUGCAAUGUCUGGGCUGGAACUUGCCCGGCCGUCACGGUGCGCUAUCAUGUUCCCAUCAACUACACGAGAAACGAGCAGCUGCUUCCUCGUCCCAAGCCCAGCGGCAAACGGCCAUUCAAAUUCGUCCACUUCACCGACCUCCAUCUCGACCCCUAUUACGCCGCAGGCACCGGGUCGCAAACCGACAAGAAUUGCCCCCAUCCAUUGAUUUGCUGCAGGGCCUUCUCGGAAAAAGAAAGAGACAUUAUAUUUCGAUUGAGGAAGAAACCGCAGUUGGACAAGGGAGAUCCGCAGAUAGAUAUCGCAGGUCCAUGGGGUCACCACGGCUCCUGCGACACUCCCAACCGCCUUCAGCAGAGCAUGUACCGCGCCAUGAGGAAGUUCGCUGGCGACACCGACUUCGCCAUCUUCACCGGCGGCAUCUUGUCACGCCAAGUCUGGAACUCGACGGCGCAACUCAACAUAGAACAAAUUGAAAAGGCGUAUAGUAACAUGAGCGAGCUGUUCGACUAUGUCUACCCAGCUGUUGGCAAUGACGAGAGCUCGCCCGCCAACCUCUUCGAGGCGGAACCAGUCAACAGCAGGGUGAGCCAGCAGUGGCUCUACGACACGCUCGCGUCUCUGUGGUCUCGCUGGAUCGGCCGCGAAGAUGCACACAGGGUCAAGGACGGCGGGUACUAUUCCACAAAGGUGCCGCACCGGAAUCUGCGCAUCAUCUCGCUCAACACCAACCUCUACAGCUACAAGAACAUCUGGGUCUACCAGGACCCCAUCAACCACGACCCGGCCGGGCAGCUGGCAUGGCUGGUCAGCGAGCUCGAAGCGGCCGCGAGGGCCAAGGAGCACGUCUACAUCAUCGGCCACAUGGCCAUGGGCGACGCCGACAUCCUCCAGCACUACUCGCGCUCGCUCAACCAGAUCAUGAACAAGUACGCGUCCACCAUUGCCGCCAUGUUCUUCGGGCACACACACCUCAACCAGUUCCAGCUUCAUUACCGGGGGUCCGACGAUCCGCAGUCGCCGCAUUGGUGGCGCAACGGCGAGCGGCUCCUGGCCGAGGACGCCAUCGUCACGUCGUAUAUUGCGCCUUCCAUCACCCCGGUCCUUGGUGCGCCGGCCUUUAACGUCUUUUACGUCGACCCGGAAACUUUUGGAGUCCUCGACGUCGUCACGUACUCGUCGAAUAUGAUUGAUCCCUACUGGGAAUACGACAAGGGCCCCAUCUGGGCGAGGGCCUUUUCGGCCAAGAUGGUGUAUGGGAUUCCGCAGAAAAUCCCCGAGGGGGGUGAGCUCACGCCCGCCUUCUGGCACAAGAUUAGCGAAAGGUUUGACUGGGAUAGGACCUUUUACAGAUAUUACUUUGGUCGCCAGACUAGUUGGAAUGAAAUGCCGACGGGCGAGUCGCAGAGAGCAAAGGACCAGUGCUUCAUCCGCGGCGGUAUCGCCAGGAACUGUUUGGGCAUACCCGGCAGGGGAGGGCUGGGCGGAUUAUUCGGAAUCACCGGUUGA